AUGCACUUCACAGCCCCCUCCGUCGCCUUGCUGGCUCUCACAGCCGGUGUUCAAGCCGGCUCCAAACAGCUGCAGGAACCCCCCGUCCACGUGAAGGGUAUCAUCGGCAAGCAACGUGUUGAGCCUGGUACUGAUGUUGCUCCUACCGGUGCUCAGACUGGUACUCAUCCCAUUGGGACCGGUAUUGUCGGCACCGGUACCAGCACUGGUAGCCACCCCAUCGUGACUGGCACCCCAGGCAGUCCCGGCGGCGGUGUUGGUGAUAACAGCACUAUCAUUGUCACUGGUACAUCCCCCUGCUACACCUGCCACGGUAGCGCGACCAUCCCAGUCUAUGUUCCUACCAGAACUCAGGGCACCUCCCCAUCCGGUGGUGCUGGUUCUGGCACUGGCUCAGGCUCUGGCACUGGCUCAGGCUCUGGUUCUGGAUCUGGACCUGGCUCUGGUUCUAGCUCUGGCUCCGGCUCUGCCCCUGGCUCCGGCUCUGGCUCUGCCCCUGGCUCCGGCUCUGGCUCUGGCUCUGGCUCUGGCUCUGGCUCUGGCUCUGGCUCUGGCUCUGGCUCUGGCUCUGGCUCUGGCUCUGGCUCUGGCUCUGGCUCUGGCUCUGGCUCUGGCUCUGGCUCUGGUUCUGGAUCUGGACCUGGCUCCGGUUCUAGCUCUGCCCCUGGCUCCGGCUCUACUCCCGGCUCUGGCUCUGGCUCCGGCUCCGGCUCUGGUAUCGAAGGCUCUGGCUCUGUCGGUUCUGGUGCUAUCGGUGGCUCUGGCUCGACCUCUGGUCCAGGUGGGGUUGGCGUCAACGGCUCUGGCUCCACCUCUGGCGCCGGCAAAGGUGCCAGUCCCUCCAGCCCUGUCUCUACCUCUGGCUCCGACAGCACGAACGAUUACAGCCUCUCCAGCCCUGGCUCCAAGGUUACCGCUCCCCAGAUCGGAGUCAUUAGCGCUGUUAUUGGCAGCAUUGUCUACGGUACCAUUAUGCUGCUUGCAUAA